AUGGACUCUUCACCAAUAUCGCAGUCGUUGCUGUCCUUGCUUGAUGGACGCAAUAACAUUAUUAGUUAUUCGUCUGGAGUAACUAAACUCGAUUCGGCCUUACUUGGUGGCAAAGGAUUUCAACCCUCGCUGCUAUAUGAUAUAAAUUGUGUUCCAGGAAGUGUUGGUAAAUGGGAGUUGAUCUUCCAUUUGGUUUUGGAAUGCCUCGAAUUACAAAAAGACCUGAAGAUUCUAAUAAUUCAAGCUGCCAAUAGUAUUCCGUGGUUCAAGUUGACUCGGCAAUCUGCAUAUAGUGAGGACUAUAAGCGGCGCGUUCAAGUGAUUGGUGUUCAGAGUUUGGCAGAGCUGAUGAUUUUGCUGCAGAAUAUGGAUCAUACUGAGUACAGUCUGGUAGUCAUUGAUGAGUUUCAAGGAUUGUAUCAGGCUUGUCGCAUGGAUAUCAAACGUCAUGCAAUUAGAGGGCGCAAACGAGAUGCGUUAGGAAAUUUAUUAAUCAAUCCGAUUAAGAAGUUGGACCAAGCGAUGGCUGAUGUUUUAAUGAUGAUGACAGCCAUGGCAAAGAGGUUUGGCACUUUAUAUAUAACUACGGGUAAACUUGAAGUAUUCAACCAGCGCAUCAAGCAGGAUGAGCUUGUUAGUGAUGACGACAGUGCUGGCAGUGAUGACGAUGAAACUUCAGACGGUUCAUGUGCUCCUAAAUUUUUCAUUCAGAGGAUCUUGGUGCCAAUUCUUCCCUUACCUAACUAUUUGUCCGACUUCUAUGCCAACCGGAUAAUUCUUUACAAUGAUUGGUUGGUUGGUGAUCCAUCCGAUGCUACCUCCAUUACAUCCGGGCUCGAUAAGUCAGUUUCGAUCAACGACUACAUAAGGCUAUUGGAGCUGAAAAAUAUGAAAGUGAGUCCUCAUUUUCUCUGUAUGUCCAACAAUGCUAACCGUUCGGAGCAGAAGCCAUUUGUAGACGGAUGGUUUCAGGUCGAACCUGAUACGUUUUCUUUGGUCGAUUCCGAAGCCGAUUUGGGCCUUGAUCAUCCUCUCAAGACGUCAACGCAGCUUCCAGCUGUUGACGGCUCACCCAGGUUGAGUCAAAUGCUACCGCCAGCAUUAUUGAGAUCUACACAACUCGGUGCUGAUGAGAUACCCGACUCUCAAAGCUAA